CGUCACGCGUUGCUAUAUGACAUAUAUAAAAGUUUCGGCCAAUACGUAAUUGUACGCAAUAUGUAUGUAUUUUGUUAUUUGAGGAUUCGUUUCUAAUGUUUUGUCAGUAGUAUGUCUGGCCAUAUAUAAGAAACAAGAAAUGUCUAGUAUAAUGCACGUGUAGUAUUUGAUGGUGUAACCUUAUUCGCAGGUAACCAUCGCAUCGUAUGAAAAUUUACAUUACGUACAUAAUUACAAGAUGACAUCUCGAGAAAUAUUAACUAUUCAAUUAGGUCAUUAUGCCAAUUUUAUCGGUAGUCAUUGGUGGAAUAUACAGGAAUCUAAUUUCUCUUAUGAUCCUGAUAAUCCAUCUGAAAUAAAUCAUGAUGUUUUAUACAGGGAAGGUGAAAACUUAAAGAAACAAGUUACUUACACUCCUAGAUUGCUACUUAUAGAUUUGGAAGAAGCAUUUGGGUAUCUGAAAAAACAAGGGACUUUAUAUGAUGUUACUCAGUCGGAAGAAGCCCAACAAUGUUUAUGGGAUGAUAAAAAGGUACAGGUCUUGAAGAAAGAAGCAGUCGAUAAAACUCCAUUUAUUAAAAGUUUAGAUGAAUCUUCUGAAGCAUCAAAUUCAACAUCGUCACCUCCCAAUUUGGAAAAUAACAUCGGCUCGUGGGUAGAUUAUCUAUUACCUAGGUUUCAUCCCAGGACAUCUAAUGUCAUUAAGCAUCAUAAACACGAUGGAGCAAUGUAUCCAUUUAGUAUCUUUACUUAUGGAAGAAAUUUAUGGAAUACAGAACAAUUCUCAGACGACUUUUCUGAAAGAAUAAGAGCUUACGUUGAAGAGUGCGAUUUAAUGCAAGGAUUUCAGAUAAUUCUAGAUUCUAUGGAUUGUUUUGCUGGAAUCGGGGCAUCAUGCAUACAACACCUAAGAGAUGAAUAUGGAAAAAGUAUUUUGUCAUUUCCAUGUAUAGACAGUAAGAAGACUGAAUCUUCUACAUCCAACGUGAUUAAAAUACUCAAUACAGCUUUAUGCUGGCAACAUGUAGGAGAAUAUGCUUCAUUGUUUAGUCCACUAUGUUGUGGAGAAACAGCUUGGCCACAAAUCGGAGAACCGCGUAUAUUUAAUCAUUUGACGUACAAUUCUGAAGUAAAGUAUCAUAGCAGUGCACUUUUAGCUACUGCAUUGGACACAUUAACUAUUAGAUACAGGCGAAAAGAAUAUCCAAACGUAGUUUUAUCCGAUUUAUGUGCGGAUCUCAAUAAACUGGGUCGAAAGGCAGUCGCAACAAGCCUAACUUUACCGUUCCCGAUGACUGCUAAAGCAGAUUUGAUUGACGUUCUGGACGAAUUUGAAGGACCAUUAUGGACAAGUUUGACACCAAAUUGUGACAUACCGAUGGAUAAAAAUAUGCAAAGCAUAGUAUUACGUGGAAUUUCCGAAGAAAGAUUAAAACGACCUAUUUCUGAUGCAAUGAAACAAAUGUCAAAACCAGCAUAUAGAUGCUCUACUGUACACGAAAUGAUGAUGCUUUAUUUAGCAUGCACGUGUCAUGCAUCAGCAACUUAUUUAUCAAACAUUUCAUCACCACUGAACAUAAAACCUCCGUAUCCAAAAAUUUUCAAUAACAAUAUUACUGAAACCGGCGACGUUAUUGGGUGGCCUGUAGGAACAGAUGUUCAGUCCGUUCCUGUUAUGGCUGGUUUACAUAGCGGAAACAGCCUUAGUUCAAUGUAUGAAUCUUUACAUGAUCAACUGAGCAAAAUAAAAAGCAUAAAGAAAUUUCAUGCAUUCACAGACUCUGGAUUGGAAGAGGACGAGUUUAACGAAUGCCUCAGUCACUUGCUCGAUUGCAAGGAAAAUUACGAAGAUCAUUACAUGUAAAUAGUAUCAAUUUUAUCGAAGGUUAACUUCGUAUUUCUCUAUCACAAUACAAUUUUUCAUUUAUAAAA